AUGAUAGUAGUACAAGCAGGCCUGGAAGAGGGUGCAACACUGGAAGAUGUAUAUUUGGCUUCAGUUGAAACGGAUCGAGGAGUAAAGGAACAAUUACGCCUUUACGACACUAGAGGUCUGGAAGAAGAAGUAGAACUGCCAAAGCAUUACAUCUCUGUUGCUGAUGGCUUUGUUCUUGUGUAUGCUGUGAACAGCCUUGAAUCCUUCCAGAGAGUAGAACUACUCAAAAGAGAGAUUGAUGCGUUUAGAGACAAAAAAGAGGUGACAAUUGUUGUCUUAGGAAACAAAACUGACCUCACAGAGCAAAGACAAGUAGAAACAGAAGUAGCGCAGCAGUGGGCAAAGGCUGAGAAAGUGAGACUGUGGGAAGUGACUGUGACAGAUCGGAGAACGCUGAUAGAGCCUUUCACUUUUUUAACCAGCAAACUCUCCCAGUCCCAGAACAAAUCAGCAUUUCCCCUGCCUGGGAGGAAGAACAAAGGCAAUAACUCUGAUAACUAAAAACCCUUCUUCCAGGAAAGGCUGUUUGAAUUGUCCACUGCUGAUAGUAAUGACCAGGACCUAUUCAGCCAUUUGUUUCUCAUGGUUUUUCUGAAGCAAUAUUAAAAAUCAGCAAGCUCCUGGACAGAAGGGUUUUUUCUUUAAAAUAUUUUCCUGGAAAACAGCUGGUGGCUGGGGUUUUAAAAACACAGAGUGGCUUUGUGAAAAUGGUGCAGUGGUCACUGUGGAGGUUUCUUUAUAAGAGGAAGCUCUGUUUAAAGCACACUUCAGCAGCAAAAUGCACAACGUUAGUGACUGUUCCCAAAGCACAGUCAUUUCAUGGCCUGUCUUAGGUUAACAAGCUUACAAUUAUACUACCUGACCAGCAUGCAGCUGUAGGUUUGCUUGCCUUUCUCUAGUUAAAAGUGCUCCAGACUGCAACAAAAGAAAAAAGGGUUUGGUUUGGGAUGAGAAUCUGUGGUAUCGGUCCAGCUCCUGUUUUUCACUUUUUAACACACGGUCAUAGACGGCAGUGAUGUUUCAGGAGGCUGGGGCCAGAGCAGCCGUGCAAGAGAGGGAAGAGACUUGAAGCUACAAAUACCAAACUUUGCUUGGCCAUUGAGAAUAUUGCUACCAGUAUGUGGAGGCAGUGGCAUGUCUUUAGAGAUCUUAGACUAGGUCUGGCUUGAUGCUAAUACUCAAAGGCUGAAAAUGUGUACUUCCAUGUGUGGCCUCCAUAAGCUUGACCCAAUGCAGGAAGUGAUCUUUAUGCUUACGCUUUGAACAAAACAGAAAGGCUUGAGCACCAAUUACAGAUUCUAUCCUUUGCUGUGGAGGACGGCAUGGCUGUCGCUCUGUUUCCCGUCUAUUUUGGCCAUUAACUGAAGCAAAAACUGACUUGUCAGCACAUACUGGUCAUGUUUAUAUUGCUGACACCUUCACUGACAGAAUAUGUGAUAUAACGAGGCUUAAACUUCUGGAAGGGCUGCAAUCCACUACAGUAAAAUUUUGGUAGCUCACAUUCUGAAUGCAGUGAAAGAGCCCAGAAAAAGAACAGUAUGAAGCAUUUUCCGGCAAGGGAAUAAAGAGUAUAAGAUCUGCUCCUUCUAGCCAGACAUCUAGAUGCAAACUGCUCACCAGGAGGGCUCUGCAAUACUCUUGGCCAUAAGCAGGUGCACAUCAUCCUGAAUGUGACCCUCCAAGUGGACCAGCCUGUGCUGCAGGAGUAUUCUCUUCCAUUUGUACCUGUCAGCAAUAGGAACAAUUGAAAAUAGCAAACAAGAGCAAAACUACAGCAGAAAGGCCAUUUCCAUAGAGACAAAAAAAUCAAGAGGUCUUUGAUUCUGAUCAUACAAACUGAUGCUCUUUGUGUAUGGAAAACAAAUAAACUGAAGAGCAAGGUUUGCCAUUCUUCCAGUAAUCUUACAUGAUAAUUUAAGCAGCACAAUGUCAAAUCAUGAUAGUACAAUGAGACUAAUCAGUAUUUUGACAUGCUAAAACUAGCUAGCUGCAUUAAACAUCCAAACCAGGUGUCUUCAGCAGUGUUCUGCUAUGAAAUGGUAUCAACAUAAGGCAGAGUCUGAAUGAUGUCACAGUUAGUAAUGAGAGAACAAUUUACCAAAUGAUGCAAGUCUUUAUAGUGCAUUUAGAUCAACCUGCUCUUCCCCUUGCUCAACUUGGUUGUUCAGGAUCACUGUUUGAGCUCAAGAACUAUGACAAGAGAAACAGUCAGCAAUCAUUUGCUAUUCCUUUUGAAUGAGCAAGUUCCUGCAAUUUUCUUAGAAGCUGGCAAUGGUUUCUAUUGCAACACUAAUAAGAACUAUGGCACUACCUCCUCAAGCCUAGCCAGUUACUUUGCAAGGAAACAGUAGAACACUGCUUCUCAGUUUCCUGAUGAUUGCAUGUGAACUCAGUGCAUCUCCCUGCGCAGAAGGCUACCAAACUCUGCAGUCCAUUUGGGAUAGGGACAUGACUUGUUGCUCUAUAACAGUGAUUCUCAAUUUCUUCCAUACUGUAGCUGUGUUAAUUGCGCAGUUAUCUGGAGACAAGCAACAUGUGCAAAGUAGCUAUCACGCCAUAAAAAGCUCCAACUAGCUAUAAAGUUAGACCUCAAAAAUGUGUCCUAACUUUAUAGCUGGUUUCUAGUGAGCUUUAAUUUGCAUGUGCAGCAGCACCUCCCCUGCUGCUGGGAGCCCUGUCAGCUGACACAGGGCUCCCAGGCACAGGGGUGUACCCUGCCCAGCAAAAAACCCUUGAGCCCUAGGGAUCAUAGCAGGUGUGAUCCCAGGGUCCAGGGGUUUCCUGCACCCUCAAUCCCUAAGGCCUGGGGAUAUGGGAAACUCGUGGGGCUGGAAUAUGGCUGUAGGGGAGAUUCUCCAGCCACAGGGGUUUCCCUGCACAGCCAAGGUUGGGAGAUUUUUGUAGUAGGGUGUGUGGGUUGUCUCUGGAGCAGGGAGCCCCUUAAUCGGGGUGUGUGGGGCUCCUAACUACAGGAGACUGCUUCCUGCCAGUGCAGGGGGAGCCUGAGAUCAGGCAUGGCAGGAGGCAUGAUUGUGUGAAUUGGGCAUUAGAUCCCAUUGUGCCUUUACCUGCACCUGUAGAGGGGGGCCCCAGUUUGGAUUUGGAUCGCAGGGCAUCUUGUGGGAUAGAUCCAAUGUAGGGCGACUUGCAGGGCUGGCAAAUGCAGCAGAUCCAGUACGGGCUGGCAGCAGGAGGGCAAGCAGCCACUUGCUGUGGUGGUGGCAAUGUGGCAAGCAGCUGCUGGCAAGCAAGGUUACGUUACUGAAGGCCCUGGCCAGCAGAGCCCAGGGACCCUGAGUUCUACAGCAGGAUGUGCCUCCAGCUACUCUAGCUCACCAGUACUGGAGCAGGCAGCUCCAUGUGCUGAAGGGCAGAAUGUCUGACACCGUGAGCUAAAUCCAAGAAGCUCACACUUGUGAAAGGCUUAUGGGAGUGGACAGAAUUAUUGAGCAACUACCCCUACCUAAGGCUGUACUGUGGACCCUGAAUCAUAUGGAGGGCUGCAAAGGUUUGUAAGAAGUACGCUGCAUGGCAUUCUCGUCCUUACUGGGAUUUCCACUGUUGGUCCCCUUCAGUGCCAGGAGGCAGCCAAGUGGCUUCUGGUGUCAGUUUUCCAUCAGCAUCAUAGUUGCCGCUCUACUUGGACACAUGCAACUAGCUUCUAAUAAAGGGAUGAGGGAACAGGGAUUGGACAGUGUGACUAACAAGGGAUGCAGUACCACACAAGCUAUAAAAAUUCUACACCUUUUUAUUUGGUCAAACUGGUUUCUGGGAUUGUCUGGGGUUUUGAAAAAAAAUACCCUCCCUUUCUUUUAGGGGUUCAUUCUACUGCCUUUUCAUCACAAAAGUCUGGUGUCCUUUCUGAAUACUGCAGUCCCAUGCCUAGUUACCCAGUCAUGUAACUGAGCCAGACAACAGCUGGUAUUGGGUGAGAGCAAAGUUUGCAGUGCAUUUCAGCUUCAAUACAGAAUUGGCAAAUUCCUGGGAGCAGUGAGCACUAGGUGAGCUUGAGCAAGGAAGGGGCAGGAGUGGCAUGUGCCAUGUCUGCUUUAUGAUAAACUCAAAAGGAGAGUCCAGUUCUUCUCUUGCAGCUAUUAAUCUCUUUGCUCAGUGAAGGCUGCUCAGAUUACAGCUCUGCAGGGAGGGGAUGUAGUUCCAUCCUGUGAGCAAAUGAGCAGGGGGUAGCAUGAGCCUUGAAUCAGUUCCCACCAGCCAGAGGCUAGUUGCACAUAUGGUGGGAAGAGGGAGGUGAACUUGCUGUCUGACUCAGUGCAGGGGAAGAACUGCAUUUAAGAGUCACUUCUUUGCAGAGCUUCUGAAACAAUGUCAAUGUGCACCACCACUUUCCAGGCUGAGCCUAAAGGCUGGCUUUGAGCCUGUGUGGGUUGAGUCUUAAUUAGUAUCUAAACCUGAUUUCUGUGUGGAUGUUACUAAUGUAGUAACCACAGUACUAACAAAUGUAGGUUCUGGAGACUAAGUGAAGCGUUAAAUUCAUCAUAAUUUAAGAGUUUAAAACAUUUCCAAUUAAAAGUAUGGUAAUGAAGCAUGAAAGACAGAUGAAUAUUCAAUUAUAUGUUAAGCAAUGUAGAAAUGUAAAAAUAUAGCAGUUUAUAUUAAAAAUAAUCUUAACUCUACCACCCUUAUUCAUCCACUUUGCUCUCAAUGGGUGGCUAAGAAUGAAGGGUCCGUAAUUUCAAGUGGCAUUGCUGAAUGUGUAUCCAGUGCAUCCUCGGGAAUGAAUCUGAAGCUCUUUUAGUCUCCCCCACUCGCUUCACAAGUUCCAUGCUUUUUGUUCUUUCUUUGUUUCAUGCUACCAUGCUCUCUCCCCCUCAGUCUGCUCUUCUCCCUUCAACUAGGAGCACAGCUGUUACCCAUUACUGUUGUUGCAGAUGGAUAACUCUCCUAAUCUGCUGCCCUUCCUUAGUACCCCACACCUUUCCAACUGUAGACACUGCACAUCCAGUUAAACAGCAGAGCUCCAAAACCAAUGUUGCAGGAAGAUUGAAAGAUAAAAGGAAUGGAAGAUUCAGGAAUAUGGGGACAGGGAUGUCAUGGGGACCAUUUUAGGUUCACAGUAUACAGCCAGAAAAUUCCUGUGGUAUCAGAACAUACCCAUCUAGAAAUGCCUCCCCAAAAUGGAAGUGGUAGGUGGCAUUAACUACAGACCCCUCCCUUCCGCCCCGUUCCCUGAUUCCUCUGGUUUAGGUAACAUGACAAAACAGAUGACUCAGCUGAAGUCAUUUUUUUACAUUUUUUAUUAGCACAGUAACAAAUGCAGACUUAAGUAGCCCACGACAUACAACCAAUCCACUGAGUGACUCCUACUCCACGCCUUACAUUUAAACAGCUUAAGGUAUUUCACUACAGGUUGCCAUAAGUCCCGAUUAAAACCUUUAUUCUUUUCACAAAGGUAGAUUGGCUUAUAAAAUAAUACAUUAACUACUUCUCAUUUCCUAUAUGAGGCCAUAUAUUCACUCCUCCAUAUCAUAUCAUGAGAUGACAGUCUUUUAAAAUGAUUUGUUAAAUACCAACGUGCCCUCCCGAGGGGACAUAAUCCCCACAUCUUUUUACAAAAAAAAAAAAAAAAAAAAGUGUAGUUUUGAAAGAACUUUU